AUGUCUUCCUCAUCAAGUGAUGAAGUAGAUGAAAUGUUAAAUGAAGAUUUUGAAGAAAUGUUCGACCAACAAGUUGAUAAUUUCAUCGACUCAAUUGUUGAUGUUCAAGCCAACAAGCCGAAGAGACGAGCUUAUAUCGAAAGAGAUCGGGAACAAGGACACAAUCAGCUAUGGAACGACUAUUUCAGUGAACAUCCUACAUAUCCACGAGAAAUGUUUAGGCGGCAUUUUCGAAUGAACAAGCCAUUGUUCCUUCGCAUUGUCGAUCGCCUAAGUAAUGAAGUUCCAUACUUUGAGCAAAGAAGAAAUGCUCACGGAAGGUACGGGCUAUCUGCACUUCAAAAGUAUGAGUAUCUAAGAAGACCUACACGGGAAGAUCUUCAACGAUUACUCGAUGUUGGAGAGGUACACGGGUUUCCAGGGAUGAUAGGCAGCAUCGACUGUAUGCAUUGGGAGUGGAAAAACUGCCCAACGGCUUGGAGAGGGUAG